AUGUCGUCUGCCUCGUCCCCCCUCCAGGCCAUCAGCAUCAGCAAAGCCAUCAACAGCCAGGAGGCCCCCGUGAAGGAGAAGCAUGCCCGGCGCAUCAUCCUGGGCACUCACCACGAGAAGGGGGCCUUCACCUUCUGGUCCUAUGCCAUCGGCCUGCCGUUGCCCAGCAGCUCCAUCCUCAGCUGGAAGUUCUGCCACGUUCUCCACAAGGUCCUGCGUGACGGCCACCCCAACGUCCUGCAUGACUGCCAGCGGUACCGGAGCAACAUCCGGGAGAUCGGAGAGCUGUGGGGGCAUCUGCAUGAUCGGUACGGACAGCUGGUCAAUGUUUACACCAAACUCCUGCUGACCAAGAUCUCCUUCCACCUCAAGCACCCCCAGUUUCCUGCGGGUCUUGAGGUGACAGACGAGGUGCUGGAGAAGGCAGCUGGGACCGACAUCAAUGACAUCUUCCAGCUCACCGUGGAGAUGUUCGACUAUCUGGACUGCGAGCUGAAGCUGUCGGAAUCAGUUUUCCGGCAGCUCAACACGGCCAUCGCUGUGUCCCAGAUGUCCUCGGGCCAGUGCCGCCUGGCCCCCCUCAUCCAGGUCAUCCAGGACUGCAGUCACCUCUACCACUACACGGUCAAGCUCAUGUUUAAGCUGCACGCCUGUCUCCCAGCGGACACCCUGCAAGGCCACAGGGACCGGUUCCAUGAGCAGUUCCACAGCCUCAGGAACUUCUUUCGCAGAGCAUCGGACAUGCUCUACUUCAAGCGCCUUAUCCAGAUCCCCCGACUGCCCGAGGGACCCCCCAACUUCCUGCGGGCCUCGGCGCUGGCUGAGCACAUCAAGCCGGUGGUGGUGAUCCCCGAGGAGGCCCCCGAGGAUGAGGAGCCCGAGAACCUCAUUGAGAUCAGCACGGGCCCCCCUGCUGGGGAGCCAGCAGUGGUGGCCGACCUCUUUGACCAGACAUUCGGACCCCCCAAUGGUUCCAUGAAGGAUGACAGGGACCUCCAGAUCGAGACCUUGAAGAGAGAGGUGGAGACGCUCCGGGCUGAGCUGGAGAAGAUGAGGCUGGAGGCCCAGCGGUACAUUGGCCAGCUGAAGGGUCAGGUGAACACGCUGGAGGCGGAGCUGGAGGAGCAGCGGAAGCAGAAGCAGAAGGCACUGGUGGACAACGAACAGCUCCGCCACGAGCUGGCCCAGCUGCGGGCCGCCCGGCAGGAGGGCGAGCGGAACCAGGGCCUGCGCGAGGAGGCCGAGAAAAAGGCAAUCGCCACGGAGGCGCGCUACAGCAAGCUGAAGGAGCAGCACAGCAAGCUCAUCGCCACGCACGCUGAGCUGCUCAGAAAGAACGCGGACACGGCCAAGCAGCUGACGGAGAAGCAGCAGAGCCAGGAGGAGGUGGCCCGGGUGAAGGAGCAGCUGGCUUUCCAGGUGGAGCAGGUGAAGCGGGAGUCGGAGAUGAAGCUAGAGGAGCAGAGUGACCAGUUAGAGAAGCUCAAGAGGGAGCUGGAGGCCAAGGCCGGAGAGCUGGUGCGCAUGCGGGAGGACCUGAGCCGCACGGAGCAGAGCGGGUCGGAGCUCAGUUCGCGACUGGACGCGCUGAGUGCAGAGAAGGAGACUCUGAGCAGCACCGUGAGGCAGCGGGAGGCCGACCUGCAGGCAGCCCGGAGCCUGGUGCAGGAGAAGGAGGCGGCCCUGAGCCAGGAGCAGCAGCGGCAUUCCCAGGAGAGGGACGAGCUGCGGGGGCGGCUGGCGGACAAGGAGUCUCAGGAGCAGGGGCUGCAGCAGAGGCUCCUAGACGAGCAGUUCUCGGUGCUGCGGCGCACUGCAGCUGAGGCCGAGCGCAUCCUGCAGGACGCCGUGGGCAAGCUGGACGACCCCCUGCACCUGCGCUGCACCAGCUCCCCGGACUACCUGGUGAGCAGAGCCCAGGCAGCCCUGGAUGCCGUGAGCUCCUUGGAGACGGGCCACGCUCAGUACCUGACCUCCAGGUCAGAUGCCUCUGCCCUGGUGGCAGCCCUGACCCAGUUCUCCCACCUGGCUGCCGACACCAUCGUCAAUGGCAGUGCCACCUCCCACCUGGCCCCCACCGACCCUGCUGACCGCUUGAUUGACGCCUGCAGGGAGUGUGGGGCCCGGGCGCUGGAGCUCGUGGGGCAGCUGCAGGACCAGCAGGCUGUGCAGCAGGCCCAGCCUGGCCUGGUGCGGACCCCCCUGCAGGGCAUCCUUCAGCUGGGCCAGGAGCUAAAGCCCAAGAGCCUGGAUGUGCGUCAGGAGGAGCUCGGGGCCAUGGUGGACAAGGAGAUGGCAGCCACAUCCUCGGCCAUCGAGGAGGCAGUGCGGAGGAUUGAGGACAUGAUGAACCAGGCCCGCCACGCGAGCUCGGGGGUGAAACUGGAGGUGAACGAGAGGAUCCUCAAGUCCUGCACAGACCUCAUGAAGGCCAUCCGGCUCCUGGUGACGACAUCCACCAGCCUGCAGAAGGAGAUCGUGGAGAGCGGCAGGGGGGCAGCCUCGCCGCAGGAAUUUUACGCCAAGAACUCGCGGUGGACUGAAGGCCUCAUCUCCGCCUCCAAGGCCGUGGGCUGGGGAGCCACGCAGCUGGUGGAGUCCGCUGACAGGGUGGUGCUGCACACUGGCCAGUACGAGGAGCUCAUCGUCUGCUCCCACGAGAUCGCCGCCAGCACCGCCCAGCUGGUGGCCGCCUCCAAGGUGAAGGCCAACAAGGACAGCCGCCACCUGGGCCGCCUGCAGGAGUGCUCCCGCACGGUCAAUGUGAUGGCCGCUAACGUGGUGGCCUCCACCAAGUCAGGCCAAGAGCAGAUCGAAGACCGAGACACCAUGGACUUCUCCGGCCUGUCCCUCAUCAAGCUGAAGAAGCAGGAGAUGGAGACCCAGGUUCGGGUCCUGGAGCUGGAGAAGACGCUGGAGGCAGAGCGCGUGCGGCUGGGGGAGCUGCGGAAGCAACACUACGCGCUGGCCGUGGGGGUGGGGACACCCGGCGAGGAGGAGCCUGGCCAGCCCAGUGCUCCCACCUAUGGCGGUGGGACCUCCAAGAAGCCACCCCUGGCCCAGAAGCCCAGUGUGGUCCCCAGGCAAGACCACCAGCAGGACAAAAAGGAUGGUGUCUGCCCGGCUCAACUCGUGAACUCCUAGGCUCCGGAGGGGUCCAGCGAGAGGCUGAUGGGCCGGCCUGGGCCUCACGUGGCCCCCCUGACUCGGUUAAGGAGGCUCUGAGGGGCGCGGUCCCCACACCAGGUGCCCAGGCCUGCCCCACGGCCUGGAUCAGUGUCCCCGAGGCCCCCAGUCCUUGCUGAGCCCACGGGAUGCACCUGGGCCACUCAGGGCUGGUGGGGCAGUUCUGGAUGUACUUAUCUGCAGCAGGAACUGAGAGCAGCCAGUCCCCAGUGGGCCUGAGCCUCGGUUUAGGAAAUACAGAGCAUUUGUACUAUUCCAGCUAGCACGCUUCUUUGUGAAUUUGUAUUCUGCACACUGGGAAGCAAGGCCAUGGGGCUGGGCUGGGGGUCUGGGCAGGGCCUCCCCUGCCUUUUGGACUCGGGGUCUGAGGUGAGAGGUGAAUGGAAAGAACACAGUUCCUGCUGGCUGUCGGGACUGUGAGAGUUGUCCCCUGGGUUUGUGGUCUGGGACACUGUUUCCAUGGAGACGGGACCCUAUGCAAAGCAGGAUGCUCUGGAGUGGGCUGGGGUCGCCCAUUUCUCCUCGGCCGCGCUCUAGGGCACCAGUGAGGGGACACUGAGGACCAUGCGGCCCUUGUCCGGGGGGAGAGGCAGGAGGGGUGCUGUUGCGGGCCGGGCGCGGCCGUGAGCCCUUCACCUGCUGGGCACAGGCGCUGCCCUCCUGGAGCCCCUUCCUGAUGAAACCUGGGGCCGCCCGCUUCCUGUUGUCCAUCCCGUCUGGCUGCCCUGGCCGCUCCCGUUGCCCACCUCCACCUGCGCGGGAUGGUCGCCAGCUCAGCCAGAAGCUUGAGGCCGCCUGGCGCCGCCCGCCCUCCUCCAGGUCCAGGGAGCCUCGUGCUCCACGGAGGAGUCAGCCCCUCCGCCCGCGCGGAGGCCCGGCCCCGCCCCGCCUGCCCUGCCUGCUCGCAGGGCUUGGAUGAACUCGCUGAGCCGUGGACCCAGCUCGGUGUGGUCGGUGGGUGGGGCGGGGCCAGGGCUGCGAGGAAACGACCGGCGGCUGCUCGAACCCGCCCCUGCCGCGCAGGACCGGCCACGUGGGGAAGAGGGAAAGGCUCCAGCUCUCGGCCGGGAGUGCAGUGUUUCCUUAUGCUGGAGUCUGACUGGCAAUAAAACACUUGGACUGUA